AUGGCUACUGGCGGAAUGUCCGGUGUAGAUCCCGAAGAGGGACGCGGUAGAGUUCACAGAGAGUUCAGAAACCCAUUCGAUAAGGGAAUCAAGACCAACUGCUUAGACUUCUGGACCGGUCGCCGCGCGAAUAGGCGUCGUGUUGUUGCCAUGAGCGAUAGUGAGAAGGAGAAUCUGACCGAGCGCUGUGCCGCUGGGGAACGGGAGAUGGAUGAAUUCAAUGGCGACCGCCAUCACCAUUAA